GAUGUCACAAGGAAAAGAAAAGAAAUACAUAACCCUUCAAAGCACGAAAUGAAGCCUAAAAAAAUAAAAAGCAAAAGAGACGAAAGUAAAGCUGAGUUCCCGCUUCCAAACCCACAGGACAAGUUCCCCAACCAAAAGCAUUAUCAUAUUUUCAAUGCAAACUGACGUUGCUUCCUUCCUUCCUUCUCUAUCCCAGAAUUAGAUUCCAAAGCUGCAAAACAAAAGCGAAAAGAACGUCCAAGCCCUGUCAUAAAAAUCUUCUUUCUGCUUUGGUUUCUCGUACUAUUAUAUAAACAACUAUGAUUCUCACUCUUUCUUGCUUUAAAUUCAGUGUCAAUCACAACACCUCUGCCGCACUGUGGCACUUUCCUGGGUUUUGCCUUUUUUGUAAAUUUGAAGCAUGGCUAGUUCGAGCGGCACGAAGCCGUCGCCGCCGGUACGGAGGAUGUCGAAGGCGCAUGGGAUGAUGUUUGAUCUUCCUAGCAAUAUCGGGAAAUCGGUUGUUGACACUGACAUGGUUCCCUCAUCUUUGCCCUCCAUUGCUCUCAUUCUUCGAGUCGCCAACGAGAUUCAGGAUGAUAAUCCCAGAGUUGCCCAUCUCUGCCGUGUCUAUGCAUUGAAGGAGGCUGACAGGAUGGACCCAGCAUCCAGUGGACGCGGUGUUCGCCAGCUCAAGACAUAUUUGUCAACUAAAAUAGAAGAGGAAAAAGAUGAAAUAAAGUGUCAACUUGCAAGAACAGAUGAAAGGGAAACCCAAUUGUAUUAUCAGAUAUUCUAUGAGAAAAAUAUUAAAGAGGGGCAAGAUACAAAGCAACCGGAGGAGAUGGCUAAGUUUUAUCAGAUUGCAAUGGUUUUGCGUGAUGUGUUGAAAACAGUGUUACCUUCUUCACAAGUUGAUUAUAAGACUGUCAAAUAUGUUAAAGAACUGGAGAGCAGAAAGGAACAAUAUGAACAUUACAACAUUCUUCCGCUCUAUGCUGUUGGGAUAAAACCGCCAAUUAUGAAACUCCCUGAGAUCACUGUUCCAUUUCAAGCCAUACGUAAUGUGGAGAAUCUGCCAAUGCCCAUAGCUCAUUCGGGUUCAGAUGUCAAUUUAUAUGUUAAUGACAUAUUUGAUUGGCUAUUGUCUCUUUAUGGUUUUCAGAAAGGGAAUAUAGCAAAUCAAAGGGAGCACCUAAUAUUGCUACUUGCCAACAUUCAUGUGAGGAGUAGGAAUCUUGAAACUUAUUAUCAGCUUGAUAGUUUUACCAUACAACAUUUAACUGAUGAAAUAUUCAAGAAUUAUGAAUCAUGGUGUUACUAUAUGCAUCGUGAACCGAAUAUUAAAAGGUAUCCCCAAGGUUAUGCAGUACAACAGCUACAACUCAUUUAUAUUGGACUUUAUCUUCUCAUAUGGGGUGAAGCAUCAAAUAUACGGUUCAUGCCUGAAUGUAUUUGCUAUAUCUUCCACAGUAUGGCAAGCGAUGUUUUUGAAACUUUAUCUUGCAAAGUGCAUCCUGUUAGUGACGCAAACCAAACAGCAGUGCCUGACCACGAAUACUUUUUAAGAACUGUCAUAACACCUAUCUACAAGGUUCUGCUUAAGGAAGCAAAAAAAAAUAAAGAAGGCAGGGCAAGCCAUUCUACAUGGAGCAACUACGAUGAUCUAAAUGAGUUCUUUUGGUCUGAAAAUUGCUUUAUGCUAAGGUGGAGAAGAGAAGGUGAAAAAUAUUAUUUUCAGCAUCUUGAUGAAAUACCACUUCCAAAUGAGAUUGUUAAUCCAUGCAUUAUUGAGAAGAGGAAGCAUAAAACCAACUUUGUUGAAGGCCGCACGUUUCUGCACUUAUAUAGAAGUUUUCAUCGAAUGUGGAUAUUCUUCGUAGUGGCUUUCCAGGCUAUGGUAAUAGUUGCAUGGAGGCGUUCUGGAUCUGUUUAUACUGUUUUUGAUGAAGGAUUCUUAAGAAGACUGUUAAGCAUUUUCAUUACUUCUGCUGUUCUCAAUCUUUUUGAAGCUGUUCUGGAUGUAGCUCUUACUUUCAACGCUUGGAGGAGCUUUGAAUUUAACCAAAUACUGCGGUACCUUUUGAAAUUGAUCAUGGGAGCUAUUUGGGUCGUGAUUUUGCCAAUAGGUUAUUCCAUUUCUGUGAAGAAUCCAACUGGGGUCAUCAAGUUCCUAAAGCACUGGACUGGGAAUAUGCAAAACCAGUCAUUAUAUAAUUAUCUCAUCGUACUUUAUCUGAUACCUGAUUUACUUGCUACUGUAUUAUUUGUGCUUCCACUUUUGCGGAAAAAGUUGGAGCUUUCAAACUGGCGGAUAGUUACUCUUGUUAUGUGGUGGAAUCAGCCUAAACUUUACGUGGGAAGAGGCAUGCAUGAGGACUUCUUCUCACUCUUAAAGUACACGAUGUUUUGGAUUAUGCUGCUAGUCAUCAAGCUAACAUUCAGCUAUUUUGUUGAGAUUUUUCCACUUGUGCGACCAACCAAGGAAAUUUUGGAUAUGCAUGUCGAAAACUAUCUACUGUACAAGAUUGUUCCAAAUGUUGCUCAUAAUGUCGGAGCUCUUAUAGCAAUAUGGGCUCCAAUUAUCUUGGUUUAUUUUAUGGAUGCUCAAAUAUGGUAUGCCAUUUUUUCUACCCUUUUUGGUGGGGUUCUUGGAGCCUUCCGACAUGUGGGUGAGAUACGUACACUUGGGAUGCUGCGAUCCAGAUUUCGAAGCGUACCUCGAGCUUUUAUUGAACGUUUUUUGCCAUUAGCACAUCAUGAUUCAAAGACAAAACUCUCGGAUAAUUCAAUUGAACAAAAGAACAUGGCAAUUUUUUCUCAAAUGUGGAAUGAAUUCAUUUGUUCCAUGCGUGAGGAGGAUCUAAUUAGCAAUAAGGAUCAAGAAUUGUUGCUUGUCCCAUGUUCUUCAAGCGAUGACUCUGUGAUUCGGUGGCCACUUUUCUUGCUAGCUAGUAAGAUUCCUGCUGCAUUGAACAUAGCAAAAGAUUCUAAGAGGAAGGAGGAUGCCAAGUUGAUUAAACUGAUCAACAGUGACUUUUACAUGCAUUCAGCGGUGGUUGAAUGUUAUAAGACGAUCAAAUGUCUUAUAGAUGGCCUUCUGGAAGACGAGGCUGAUAAGAAGAUUGUACUGAAGAUUUAUGAUGAAGUAUCUAAUAGUCUACAACAGGGGAAGUUUCUGAAAGAAUUCAAGAUGAGCGGUAUGCCUUUGCUCAGUGUAAAGUUGGAGAAGUGGCUAAAGAUCUUGAUGGCUGAUCAUUGGGAUGAUGAAAUAUACAAGGCCCAGAUAACCAAAGCUCUGCAGGGUAUCAUGGAUACUGUUACACAUGAUGUUAUGAUUAACGGCCAGAAAGCUCUUCAAGGAGCUUCUGUUUAUCAGAAUAGCAAAGAUGGGCAGAGUUUUGAAAAGAUUAACACUCAGGAUAUACGGCACAAAUCUUGGAAGGACAAGGUCUCUAGGCUCCAUUUUCUUCUGACUUUCAAGGAAUCUGCUGCUGAUGUGCCUCGAAAUUCAGAGGCUCGACGCCGUAUUACUUUUUUUGCCAAUUCAUUAUUUAUGAAUAUGCCAACUGCGCCCAAAGUUAGUGAUAUGCGCUCCUUCAGUGUUUUGACUCCAUAUUACUCGGAACAUAUUCUUUUUACUGAUGAUGAGCUUAAUAAAGAAAAUGAGGAUGGGAUAUCAACUUUGUUCUACCUACAGAAGAUAUAUCCAGAUGAAUGGACCAACUUCCGGGAGCGAAUGCAUUACCAAGAGAACAAGGAGGAUAUCUGUAACUGGGCAACUUACAGAGGACAGACACUUUUUAGAUCAGUGCGAGGGAUGAUGUACUACAGGAAAGCCCUAGAACUCCAAUGUGCCCUGGAAUUACCUAAUCAUAAUGCUUCAAGGGAAGAGGACUCUGCUCGAGCGCAAGCUCUGCCUGAUUUAAAAUUCACCUAUGUUGUAUCUUGUCAGAUCUAUGGAACUCUGAAAAAUUCUGAUGAUUCUCAUGAUCAAAGUCGUCAAAGAAGCAUUCUGGAUCUCAUGCUUAUGCAUCCAUCUUUGCGUGUUGCCUAUAUUGAUGAAAGAGAGGAGACUGUUAAUGGAGAAUCUGAAAAAUCAUUUUACUCUGUUCUUGUCAAGGGAGGUGAUAAAUUUGAUGGCUAUGAAAGGGAAAUAUACCGCAUCAAACUUCCAGGUCCUCCAACAAAAAUUGGUGGAGGAAAACCUGAAAACCAAAAUCAUGCCCUUAUUUUUACUCGAGGAGAAGCCUUGCAGACUAUAGACAUGAAUCAGGAUAACUAUUUCGAAGAGGCUUUUAAAAUGAGAAAUGUUUUGGAAGAGUUUGAACACUCCUGUCACUGGCAACGGAAACCUACAAUAUUAGGUUUAAGGGAGCAUAUAUUUACUGGAAGUGUUUCGUCACUUGCUUGGUUUAUGUCCAAUCAAGAGACUAGCUUUGUGACUAUCAGCCAACGCUUUUUAGCAAGUCCUCUGAGGGUACGAUUCCAUUAUGGUCACCCUGACAUAUUUGACAGAAUCUUCCACAUAACAAGGGGUGGCAUUAGCAAAGCUUCAAAAACUAUUAAUUUAAGUGAAGAUAUAUUUGCAGGGUUCAAUUCAACUCUCCGAGGGGGAUAUAUAACACAUCAUGAUUACAUCCAAGUUGGAAAGGGACGUGAUGUGGGCAUGAAUCAAAUAUCAUCUUUUGAGGCUAAAGUUGCAAAUGGAAAUGGAGAGCAAACACUUAGCCGUGAUGUGUAUCGCCUUGGAUGUCGAUUUGAUUUCUUUAGAAUGCUAUCAUUUUACUUUACAACAGUUGGUUUCUAUUUUAAUAGCAUGGUUACUGUGCUUACAGUAUAUUUGUUCCUCUAUGGACGUUUGUAUUUGGUUAUGAGUGGAAUGGAAAAAGAGAUCCUAGAGAAGUCAAUUAUAAAUCAGAACAAGUCCCUGGAAGCAGCUUUAAUUCCUCAGUCGCUCUUUCAAGUGGGUUUGUUAUUGGUUUUGCCUAUGCUUAUGGAAAUUAGCCUGGAGAAAGGGUUCCGCACUGCUCUGGCUGACUUUAUCAUCAUGCAGCUGCAGCUAGCCUCUGUAUUCUUUACAUUUCAGCUUGGAACAAAAGCACAUUAUUUUGGGAGAACAAUCUUGCAUGGAGGUUCUAAAUAUCGAGCUACUGGGCGUGGAUUUGUUGUUUUUCAUGCCAAGUUUGCUGAUAACUAUAGAUUGUACUCACGAAGUCACUUUGUGAAAGGCUUUGAACUUGGUAUACUACUGGUUGUAUACGAAGUUUAUGGUGUAUCAUAUCGCCGCUCAAGUCUUUAUUUAUUUAUCACCUGCUCAAUUUGGUUCUUGGUUGGGUCCUGGCUAUUUGCUCCCUUUGUCUUUAACCCUUCUGGUUUUGACUGGCAAAAGACAGUGGAUGAUUGGGCAGAUUGGAAGCGUUGGAUGGGAUUUCGCGGAGGUAUUGGUAUUCAGCCUGAAAAAAGUUGGGAAUCAUGGUGGGAAAGAGAACAUGAGCACCUUAAAUACACAAAUAUACGAGGAAGGGUGCUUGAAAUUAUUCUUGCACUUCGUUUCUUUGUCUAUCAAUAUGGAAUUGUCUACCACCUUGACAUAGCUCAUCACAGUAGGAGUUGGAGGGUUUACGGACUCUCUUGGGGUGUUAUCGCAGCAGCUUUCUUAUUGUCAAAGAUAGUAUCGGUUGGUAGACAACUGCUGGGAAUAGAACUUGAGCUAGUAUUCAGAAUGCUCAAAGCAUUUCUGUUUCUUGCCUGCUUGGGAAUAACCAUACUCUUAUCCAAAACAUAUGGCCUCACUAUAUCAGAUCUAUUGGCUGCUGUCCUUGCCUUCUUGCCCACGGGCUGGGGCAUUCUUCUUAUUGGGCAAGCAUGCAGGCCAUGGUUGAAGGGGCUAAUGCGGAAUUUUAUGAAGGAGAUGAGCAGGGCGUAUGACUACAUUAUGGCAUUGCUGCUUUUCAUGCCCAUAGCCAUUUUGUCAUGGCUUCCAUCUGUAUCUGAAUUCCAGACUCGCAUCCUCUUCAAUCAAGCUUUUAGCAGAGGUCUUCAAAUUUCUAUCAUUCUUGCUGGCAGGAAAGACAAGUCCUCACCUAAAUGAUUUUUUUUAUUUGUUUGUUUUAUGUAAUAUUGUGAUUUUGGUAAUGUACAGAGAGAGAUGGAGCAAUUUCUCUAUUAAAUUCAUUUGUUAAAUUUAAAUUAUGGUGUUCUUAUCUUUAUUAAUGACAUUUUUACUUUGGGGCAAUUCAAAGACAA